AUGAAUCGUUCAAUAGUUGCCGCAUUUUUGGUGUUCUUUGCGUGUUCGAUUUUGACUGUAAGUAAAAAAUAUGGUUACUGAAACAUAGCAUUUAAGAUAAAAACUCUUGUAAAAUUUUCUAUAUAAACUGUUGAAUUUAUCGAAGUUUUAAAGAUGAAUUUAUUCUUCUUUUAGGAUCAAGUGUGGUCAGUUUAUAUAAACGGAAUCGGUAAGCUUUUUGUAUACGAGUUAGUCAAGAAAAAAGAAAUUAGGUCUCUUCCGGGUUGCCCCAAGCCUCUGUUUCAAAUUGAGGCUACGUGCAAAGCCAUUAACAUAAAAAUGAUUUUCUACUCUCAUGCAAAGAGAACUAAGUAAGAAAGGUUUUGCUCUUAGCCUCAGUUUCAAAAAGAGGGAUUUGGAACUCGGAAAUUGCCUAUUUCUUUUAGGUGCUUAAAGGGGCUGUGUCACGGCAGUCCAGUUCAUUUUGUUUAAUUUUGCCAGUUACUCGCCCUCAAUCGCUAUGGAACUUAAAGUAAGCAAAGAAAUUACUUGUAAAUGACACAAGCAGAGAUUCGAGACAAAAAAAUAUGACUCCUGAGCAUUAUUUUUGAAGUUGCAAAGAGUAGAGAUCAACUUUGAAAAACUGUUAGGCUGAACAGUUUUCAAAAACCCUAAUUUCAGUCCGUUGCAAUCGUCUUCAGUUUUGCCCAUCCGAGGCAGCUGUUUUAUCUGUUGUGUUAUUUUAACCUUCCUGUAAUGUUUUAAGCGGUUAUUUUUACGUUUCUCUUAAUUUAACGGGCAUUUUGUAAUUACCUAAUUUGGCUGAAUUUCGUGACACAGCUCCUUUAAUAUGAAAAUGAUUUUUUACUCUUAUGCAAAGAGAACUAAGUAAGAAAGGUUUUGCUCUUAGCCUCAGUUUCAAAACGAGGGAUUUUAAAAUCGGAAAGUACCUAUUUCUUUUGGGUGUUUAAUUUCUCUAAAUUUUAUUUCAAUUUAGUAACCUUCCCCACGCCUUUUGGUACAAACAUUCUUUCAGACAUUGAAAGCGCUAACGCAGCGUUCCGCUGUUGUUGGUCCUUGUAAUUUUUCAUCAAAAGCAGCUGUCACUCUAGAUGUCAGAAAUACAAGCCGAGAGAAAAAUAGUGGAUGAACGAUAUUGACUUGCUGGUUACAAUUGGAGUGAGGUCACAGAAACAACACAAAAUUAAGCCAUACAUUUCUUAUGGUAGCCGAACACUACAGGAUGAAAUCUCUAGUAUUCAAACUGUGGCCAAGUAUAGUAAAAUUCGUGUCAUUUUCUGAAAAUAUAUAAACUAAAAGAAGUAAAUAGAGGGAAAUUGUUCAAAUUAUGAACAGAUUUCUUGUAUGAUGAUGAUGAUGAUAAUGAUGAAAACCGUUCCGCUAACACGGAAUAGCAGAAAAUCAGCAUAAAAAUAAUAUUAAAAUUUCCUGCAGCGGAAGGGAAAGCUGAUUUUGUCCCAAACCCAAACCUGACCAGAUUGGCAUCUGCGUUGACGCCUGCCAAGGAGAUGACGAUUGUUCAGGUUCCGAAAAAUGCUGCUCUAAUGGAUGCGGGCACGUUUGCAUGAAACAACUCGAUAUGCAUGGUUUUUCCCAUAUUUAGGCUUUGCUAGUAUGAGUAUGCGGAAGCAAUCCCCUUGUCUGUUCACUGCUAAAUUUUGCUACACACCGUGUAGAAUUGCUUGCUCCGAAAUUUAGCUGGAGUUCGAGGAGGUAUAGUUGCUGGUUUUGACCGAACAAUGGAAACGAGCUUUACGCGACAGGAGUAGCUCUGUCAGUAGAGCGCUUGACUACAGAGCGGGAGGUCGCUGGUUCGAUCCCUUUGGCCCGACCCAUACUCAGAUAUACUGAGAUAUGAAGGUAGUGCCUUUGCCAAAUUGCCCUGUGAACGGCUGGACCCUUCGGAUGACCGCGUGAAAUGCCAGUGCCGUCUUCAGUAGGAGACGCCAAAAAAGUGUCCCAAAUUAGUACUUUCGUACUAAAUACAUUGACACUCAAAUAAAGUGCUCAUAUUAUUUAUUUCUUCGACAAGGCGGAGGGUUCAUUCUAAGAAAAUUGCAAGGUACGGGUGAAUGGAAUCCUGUUGAGUGUGUACCAUUUCUCCGCUCUUUCAUUUUACUCAAUUGUUCGUAUGUUUGGCUUUUAUAUCAUUCACGGCAGUCAAUCUGGAUGCUGUGCAAAAACGAAGGCUUUUUCGUCCUUCCUGUCCUAAGCCCAGCGGUGGCCUCUGUGCUGAGCUUUGCGGUGUACGUGGUGGAUGCUCAGGAGGAAAAAUAUGCUGCUUUAACGGGUGCGGUCACCAAUGCAUGUCUCCUGGUAAGUGCUGAAUCUGCUUCUCCUUAACCUUUUAAUGAAAACAUUGACCAGCAUUGAAUAUCUCCCCAUAGCAGUUAUUUACUACUUUGUACUACUUUUGUACCGGCGAAACAACAGCGGAAAGGGAUAAACAGAACGAGACGUAAGCUUUUGUUGUGCUUUUUGUUGGAACUACUUUGCCUUUCAUUUAACCAUUUAAGCUUAAGCUUAUAAUUGAAACUGGUUAUUUCACUUAAAUUCACUCAUUUUCAAUUGUGCAUUGAGAACAAACAGUUAAGAUUACUUAUACUUCUUGGAUUACACGAAGCUUCAAAUGCAUCAAGCGCGUGUUUGAAUCGUGUGACGAAGACAGCCCUACGCAGUGACAAACUUGACUUGGCUUUGUUUCUUUCGUUAUUUCCUUAUUUAAUUAAGAAUUGAAAUGUUUGCUAUCCUUUGCACCAGUUAUGAUUUUUGAUUGGUGAUAUUUUCACAUGUCGAUUUUAGUAAAAACUUAAUUUUUCGAAGAGAAUUUAAUACAGGAGUUUUGUAAUUAUUUUAGAGAACCAAUUAAAGCUGGAUAAAUAAAAAAAAUCUCAGUAUGUAUAAAAUAAACAAAUUACAGCAUGGAAAGCGCUUUGUACGGGAUUUUCACACUUGUUGGUUUUGUAUCAGAAAUCUCACUCGUUCGCUGCGCUCACUCGUUCGAUUUCAGAUACUUCACCAACUCGUGUGAAAAUUCCGUACGCACGCGCUUUCCAUGAAGUAAUCUCUAUGUUGAAGAUGAUGAUGAUGAUGAUGAUGAUGAUAAUGAUGAUGAUGAUAGUGAUGAUGAUGAUAGUGAUAGUGAUGAAGGAGAUGAUAGUGGUGGUAAUUAA